AAACUGUCUUUCCUCUAUCUAAUCUUCAUAAUACCUUAUAUAUUUCCUUGUCAUUUUCCUAUCUUUUCUCCUCAAUUCAAGAAUCCCAAAUACCAAUUUAUUUCCCACUGAAAAUUCAGAAAAAGCAUUACAUAAAAAUCAAGUCAAAAAUAGUGUUCAAUUCAAUGGAAAAAUCUGGUUAUGGGCGUGAUGAAAUAUACAGAUCACUUAGACCUCCUCUGUUUCUUCCAAAAGAUCAAAAUCUUUCUAUGGUCUCUUUUCUCUUCCGAAAUAUUUCCUCUUUUCCUGAAAAACCAGCACUUUUUGAUGGUGAUUCUGGUCAAACUUUGACUUUUUCUCAAUUCAAAACAAUUGUAUCCAAAAUUUCCCAUGGCCUAAUUCACCAAUUUGGUAUAAAGAAAAAUGACGUUGUUCUUAUUUUUGCACCUAACUCUAUUCAAUUCCCUCUUUGUUUCUUUGGUGUUAUUGCUUUAGGUGCUAUUGCUACAACUGUUAAUCCUAUGUACACAGUUUCUGAACUUUCUAAGCAAAUUAAAGAUUGUAAACCAAAGCUUAUUAUAACUGUCCCCGAGUUGCUUGAUAAAAUUAGUGGCUUUAAUUUACCUAUUUUGCUUUUGGGUCACAAAAACGAUUGUAAUUUUAGUGGCGCAACGUUUACUGAGUUAGUUGAUAAAUCAGGGUAUGUGAAUUUGGAUAAUAGUGGGAUAAAUCAGAGUGAUACUGCUGCAUUGUUGUACUCUUCAGGUACAACAGGGAUUAGUAAAGGAGUAGUUUUAAGUCACAGGAAUUUCAUUGCUGCAUCUUUAAUGGUAACUGCUGAUCAAGAUUUGAAGGGUGAAAUGCAUAAUGUUUUUUUGUGUGUUUUGCCUAUGUUUCAUGUGUUUGGUCUAGCUGUUAUUAUGUAUGCACAAUUGCAAAGGGGUAGUGCUAUUGUGUCUAUGGCUAAGUUUGAUUUGGAAAUGAUUUUGAAGACUGUUGAUAAGUAUAGGGUGACACAUUUGUGGAUUGUGCCUCCGGUUGUUUUAGCAUUGGCUAAGAAUCCUGUGGUGAAGAGGUAUAAUUUAACAUCGUUGAGGAAUAUUGGUUCGGGGGCUGCACCUUUAGGGAAGGAAUUGAUGGAGGAAUGCGCUAAGAACUUUCCUCAGGCUGUUGUUUUUCAGGGAUAUGGUAUGACAGAAACAUGUGGAAUUGUGGCAGUGGAGAGUCCAUAUGUUGGACCGAGACACACAGGAUCAGCGGGGACCUUGGCUCCUGGAGUGGAAGCUCAAAUAAUUAGUGUUGAUAAACUGAAGCCUCUUCCUCCUGGACAAUUAGGGGAAAUAUGGGUGCGUGGUCCCAACAUGAUGCAAGGCUAUUUCAAUAAUCCACAGGCCACAAAGCUCACUAUAGAUAAUCAGGGUUGGGUUCAUACGGGAGAUCUUGGAUACUUUGAUGAGGAAGGAAUGCUCUAUGUCGUUGAUAGGAUCAAAGAGCUGAUCAAGUGCAAAGGUUUUCAGGUUGCACCAGCAGAGCUUGAAGGUCUACUAGUUUCUCAUCCUGAAAUAUUAGAUGCUGUUGUUAUCCCGUUUCCUGAUGCUGAGGCUGGUGAGGUUCCAAUUACAUACGUUGUUCGCUCGCCUAAUAGCUCUCUAACUGAAGAAGAUGUUCAGAAGUUCAUUGCAGAUCAGGUUGCACCUUUCAAAAGAUUGCGGAAGGUGACAUUCGUAAACAGUGUCCCCAAGUCAGCCUCUGGGAAAAUCCUAAGACGAGAACUGAUCGAGAAGGUUCGAUCAAAACUCUAAGAUCUGCAGUUUAUUCAUGAGAUGUUAAAUUGCGCUUCCAUCUACUGUAUUUUUUCGAAUUGUGGCAGAAUUUGUAUGAUUAUGUGAACUUAGAAGUAACAUGUAUAAUAAAAGGUUCACAAUUGGAACUGCUUAUUUCCUUU